ACGUGUCGCUUGUAAACAUUACACAAGUGGUUUCUUUGUCACGCGCACAAUGUUAGAUAACCUGUAACAUAACAACUGACUCAACUGCAACUGAACUAACUAAUAAUCUACUUUUCUGUAAUUUACCAUCACAGGAAACAGUUCCAUUAAAACACGUGGAGUAUCAUUUCCCUGAAGACUAUUAUUACUAACCAGCCUUGUGUGUUGGUGUAACAGUGGAGAAGAUGUUGAGGGCUAUGGGAAAAAUGGUGUUUGGAGGUUUCGAGAAUCCAAAAUACACUCUUCAAAAAAGCAAGGGAGAUGAUUAUGAAGUAAGGAGGUAUGACACCACCCAGUGGGUCAGUACUACAGUCAGUGGCACUGAGCAGGACGAGGCCUUAAGCACUGGCUUUAGGAGACUCUUCAAAUACAUCCAGGGGAAUAAUGACAAGCAGGUGAAAGUGGACAUGACCUCUCCAGUGACCUGUCUUAUUAACCCUGGAGAUGGACCAUCAUGUGAGAGCUCCUUCACUGUGUCCUUUUACCUUCCUGAGGAACACCAGGCCGAGCCCCCCAAAACCAGCAUCCCUGAAAUCUUCUUCGAGAACAGGAAGGAGUUCACAGUGUUUGUCAGGACUUUUGGAGGUUUUGCUAACAGUCAGAACACCUGUGAAGAGUUACUGAAGCUGAUUGAGAGCUUGAAGAGGGAUGGAAUGAAAUUCAAAGAGGCUCCCUAUUACCGUGUGGGCUAUGACAGUCCUUUCAAGCUUGUCAACCGCAGGAACGAAGUCUGGCUCAUACAGGAGGAGGGAGAGGAGUGAGUCAGUAAAUGGUUUACAGGGUGCAUAGUGAGUGAUAAAGGUCAUUUUUGGUUUGGAUUUUUUGAUUGAAAACGUUACUAAUAAGACGUUUUUUAAUAAUCAUGAAAUGUCCUGUCCCACAUGUAUUCAAACCCCUAAUGUCUAAUAUCAAGCCAAAUAUCAUUAAAUCCUUAUAGAAUUUGUAUAAUCACUGUGUGUGACAGCUUGCAGGUUUUUUUUAUUUAAAUGAUUAUUAUUUUUUGCUGAUCUUUUUAGCCGGGUGUGUUAUAUUUGUGAUUUUUUUUAUUGCACUACUGCCUAGACCACACUAGAAGAUUUAUAUAGUCCAAAAACAGCAGCUUAUUUUCUUUGCACUUUUCUCUGAGGGUGUUUCACUGCCCUGUAAUGCAGCAUAAGCAGCAUUUUGAACAGAUCUGUUUGGCUUGCCUCAUGCCACGGAGGAAGCAGGUGUAGCAUCACCUUUGGUAUCUGUUGUGGGAGAGAAGCUGAGGAUCUCUCUGAGGAGAGAUAGCUGGUGGCUGGGAAUUAGCAUAUGACCAAAGUGAUUACUAAAUUGAAUUGACCGCCACCUCCCCAUUUUCAACCCAGUCAUUUAGGCGUGAUAUUAAGAUUGUUUUCACAUGAGACAGUUGUGUUCCAGCUCAUUGCCUGAGGUGGUGAAUAUUUAAUAUUUGUAAUAGUGCGAAUGUAUUAAUUGAUAGAAAAUAUAAAGCAUUUUGUACAUCGUUCUGGUUAAGGGCCAUAUGCCAGAAAUAUCGAUCAGGCUGGUCAUGACUGUCCAUUGAGAACACUGUAUGGUUUAAUAUUAGAUCUUGCACAACCCAAACUACAGGACAGUCGGGGAGGGUAACUAUUCAUGACCAAGAAAAAGCUCAUAAUCACCAGCCUGAAUAUCCUCUAGUGUGGCCAGGCAUUAUUUAUCACUAAUCAUAUAACCAGUUUAAUGUGAACAUUCCAUUACAGAUUCCUGUUUUUCCAACUCAUGCUAUUACGUACUAUGAUACUUUACUCUUAAAUUCUACACUGAAUUUAAUUAUUUACUAAUAAUUUCAUAAACAAAAUGCUUUUACAUUUAUUAUCGAUUAUAUUAACUAAAUGUGAAAUGAUACAGUUUCUAAUAAAAUUUAGUUUUUUUGGUAUUAAAUGUUUCAACAUUUUCUCAUUCUGUAAUAAAUUUUGAUUGUAUUUUAAA